AUGUACGGGACCAAGCUUGACACCAUACGGAAUAUUCAUAAAAAUGGUAAAGUAGCCAUUCUGGAUGUUGAGCCUCAAGCUCUCAAGGUCUUGAGGACGGCUGAGUACUCACCCUUUGUCGUCUUUAUAGCGGCGCCCAAUCUUCAGGGUCUUCAAGAUCCCGAUGGAAGUCUCGAAAGACUUUUGCGGGAGUCCGAAAUAUUACGACAAGCCUUCGGACACUUGUUUGAUUACGUCCUCGUAAAUAAUGACAUUGAUGAAACUAUUGCACAGCUGGAAAAUAUUGCUGAAAAACUACCACUUUGUCCUCAAUGGUUGCCAGUAUCAUGGGUGUAUUGA